CAAGAGACAAAAACAUUCUGCAAAAAAUUAGGAAAACAUUCCUCAAAUUUAAACAAGCCUGCGGCAUGAGCAUUGCUUGUUGGCGAAAACAACCAAAAGAACAAAACUCAGGUAGAAUCGUGGGUUUGAAUCCGCCAUGGCGGCUUGUUCCUGCUCCACUCAUCUCUCCCGACUGAAGGGCCUAUACACCAUCGCAUUGCUCCUUCUCUUCCUCCUCAUCAGCUUGUUCUAUUUCAACAGGCUGUCUCUCGAGCCCAAAUUCACAACCUACAGAGAUCUAUUCUCAGAGUCCCGCCGCCCCGCCUCUCCCCCUUCCCCUCGAAUAAUUACCGCCGCUCUGUUACAAGACGAGUAUAAUGUACCCGCCGCUUCGAGCCCAGAUUUCGAUAAAACUGAUGAACAACCAACUGUACCCGUUUCUUCAAAAACAAUGGGAGUGGGAGUGGCAGAAUCGAAAGAUUACGAGGUAGCGAGUAUUGUGACGUCCGUGCCGUCAAUGUCUGAUUCAGAUGAGAUGGACAUUUCUACUAAGGAUGAGAGUGGUCGAGCUGAUACUGCCCAAGGGUGUAAUUUCUACAAAGGGGUUUGGGUGAAAGAUGAUGAUCAACCAAUUUACAGUCCUGGGUCUUGCCCCUAUGUGGAUGAGGCAUUUGACUGUCAACGCAAUGGCAGGCCGGAUUCACAGUAUCUGAAAUGGAGAUGGAAGCCGGAUGGAUGUGAUCUUCCAAGGUUUAAUGCAACAGACUUUUUGGUGAGAUUAAGAGGGAAAAGGCUGAUGCUUGUUGGAGAUUCCAUGAACCGCAAUCAAUUUGAGUCUUUGCUAUGCCUUCUUCGUGAAGGACUUGUCAAUAAGAGUAAAAUGUAUGAGACACAUGGAUAUAAAAUAACAAAGGGAAGAGGCUACUACAUUUUUAAAUUUGAGGAUUACCACUGCACAGUAGAAUUUGUGCGUUCUCAUUUUCUUGUCAGAGAGGGAGUGCGCUUUAAUGCACAAGGUAACUCAAAUCCAACUUUAUCUAUUGACCGUAUUGAUAAAUCAGCUCCUCGCUGGAAGCGUGCUGACAUUCUCAUUUUCAAUACUGGACAUUGGUGGGCCCAUGGAAAGACAGCCAGGGGGGAAAACUACUAUAGAGUGGGUGAUUAUAUUUACCCAAAGUUUGACGCCAUGGAAGCUUAUAAAAUAGCUUUGAAGACCUGGGCAAGUUGGGUAGAUGAACAUCUGGGGCAGAAAAAAAUAGUAUUCUACAGAGGCUACUCAUCUGCUCAUUUCAGAGGCGGGGAUUGGGAUUCUGGCGGUUCCUGUAUUGCUGAAACUGAACCAGUUUUGAACGGAACCAUCCUUGAUAACUAUCCUCCCAAAAUGAAGAUAGUGGAUGAAGUGAUCAAAGAAAUGCAGACACCUGUGGUCCUACUAAAUGUGACGAGGUUGACCAAUUUCCGCAAAGAUGGCCACCCAUCUGUAUAUAUGAAAAAGGCAACUAAUGGCAAAAAGGUUUCCAGCAAACGGCAAGAUUGCAGCCAUUGGUGCCUCCCAGGAGUCCCUGAUGCUUGGAAUGAGCUCAUUUAUGCAUCUUUAGUUUUGAAACAAAUGUCUACAUUCAACUAAUUUUAACAAGGUUCGUUUGAUAGCAAGCAACCCUUUCCAAUCCCAUAUUGGAGUGGCUUCUUUUUUAGCUCUCCCGAACUGGGUAUUUUCCCUUUUUUGGAGGGGGGGGGGGGGGGGGGGGGGGGGGGAGGGGGAUUCCCAAGCGUUCAGAUUGUUCCAUUUGGGGGAAGAGAGAACACCUACAUUCCUGGAUCAAGGAGUAUGAGUCGUCCAGGUUGUACAACUCCAUGUAAUCUGAUGAAGGUGGCUUUCAAACAUGUGGAUCUGUGAUGAUGGCUUGCUUAAAAUAGUCUGAGAGAUUUGUAGUAUAAUGUUCCUCACUCUAACCGCCCAUAUGGUGUAGUGUUUUCACAUUUUGAGAAAUGUUUACACAAUUUAUUGCAAAUACU